AUGAAGUUUUUGAAGGAGUCAACAACCAUGCCUUUGCCCAAGUUGAGCAAUUCAGACAUUUCGAAAUCUUCGGUACCAAGGUUCAUCAGACCAUCACAAGACGCAACAAGACACGAAUCUCUUCCUGUCAAAAGAACUAAAAAAGGUUUUGAUCCUAAUGCCUAUAAGCUCAUGUCAAAGGCAGGUUAUGACUUUGACUUAUCUCCUUCACUGGGAGAGCUUAAUCUAGAUAUUACUGGAGAAAGGACACAUGGCCUGAACGAAACCCAAAAGAAGUUGAAGAAGCAGGGUUACAUAAUCAACUCAGCUAGAGCAGGCCUUGGUUUUACUCAUAUUGCACCUGUUAAGAUAUCCGAUAGAAGGAAAGAAAAGAAGGCAAACACUCAACACAUUAGUAUCCAAGUGGUCGAAGAGGAAGAAGAAUUAAAGGCUACGAAGAGAGCCUCAGUGUUUGACUGUUUAGCAAGCCUACCCAACGGACCUCAAUUUUUAGCCGCAUCAAAGAAUCAACAUCACGACCCUCUGUGUUCAAAAGGAUAUCUGGAUAUAAUGGUCAAAGGGGAAUUCGAUUAG